AUGAUAGCUAAAGUACUAGCUUCCAGAAUCCAAAAGAUUAUAGCUUCUAUUAUUAGCAAUACUCAAGCAGGAUUUAUUCCUAGUAAAAGGGCCUCUGAUAAUGUUUAUGAUAAAAGUGGAUCUCCAAAAAGCGACGACUCUGUUGAGUGGAUUUAUAUUGAGCAAGUGAUGGAAGAUUUGGGGUUCCCAGCAAGGUUUUUCUAUUGGGUUAGGGAAUGUGUAAAAAUAGCUUCAAGAGGGUUGAGACAGGGUGACCCAAUGUCCCCGUUUCUCUUUGCAAUUGCGAUGGAGUAUCUUAGCAGACACCUAACUGAUCCCAGUUCAAAGAAAGAAUUUAAACAUCACCUAAAAUGUUCAAAGCUGAAAAUUAUGAUGAUUUACUUCUUUUUUUCUAGAGGUGAUCCUAAAGCAGUGGGGCUUCUACAUGAUAGAUUUGUACUCUUCACCAAAACUUCAGGGCUUCAAGCCAAAAUGGCAAAGAGUAGUGCUUAUUUUGGAGGUGUAGAUAUUUCUAUCAGGACAAUAAUCUUGCAACAGUUAGGUAGGGCACAACUUAUAAAAACGUUGUUUGGAGUUCAAUCAUACUGGGCUCAAAUUUUUAUGCUACCAGCUAAGGUGCUCAAAACCAUCAAAGCCUACUGUCGAAGUUAUAUCUGGUCUGGGGCUAAUAUGAUCACUAAAAGAGCCCUGAUCUCAUGGGAAAGAAUGUGUCUACAACUGGCUGCUGGGGGAUUCAAGCUCACUAAUCCCAAAAUCUGGAAUAAGACUACCAUUGCUAAAGUCUACGGGAAUUUGGAGCAUAAAGAAGACAAAUUGUGGAUACAAUGGAUUCACUCUUACUACAUCAAGGGACGACAAGUGAAUGACAUUCCUAUACCACAACAAGCAAGUUGGAUGGUGAGGAAAAUAAUCGAAUCCAGAGGUUUUGUGAGUCAAGGGCACAAAGGAACAAAAUGGUAUAAAAAGAGGAAAAGAGCUGAAUAUGAGAGCACUCUGCGGCACCGCAAGUGCGAAUUGCGGCCGCAUACUAAGGACAGAGAAUUUCCAGAGAGGUUGUCAAAAUGCAGCAGUAUGCAACGUGUAUACGGUAUCGUAAACUCAGUUAUGCUGCCGCAUAUUCCACCUCAGAACAACUAG